CCUCAAAAGGAAAUGUCACCUCAGUGUAUGGACCAAUCUGUAUGUGUCUUAUUUACUGUAUUAUUAUAAUUAUGUUUUAUCAAUAAAUUUUAGUUUCUUAUUUAGAAGAAAGAACAUGAAAUGCAAAUCACCUUUCUAAACUGGAAAACAUUGUUCAAUUUUCAGGGGAAUGCAAUGGUAUGAGCCUGAAUGGUGGAAAUUUGGUGAUCAGAAAUCGUAUUUCCGUCAUGCAGCCGGUUCUAUCUUCAUACUCUCAAAAAAUUUAGCUAAGUACAUACAUAUCAAUAGUGCAUCCUUGAAGGUUUAUGCUCACGAGGAUGUAUCCGUGGGGUCAUGGAUGAUGGGUCUUCGCGCAACCUAUAUAGAUGACAGCCGUAUGUGCUGUAGUUACUCAAGCCAAGACAAGAUCUGCUCGUUGUCUUGAAGUUACAGUGAGACGAGCCUUUGCAGCAGCGCUACUGUUGGGAUACAUUUUGUGCAGAGAAACAGAGGAACUCAUGGAUCUUUAGUUAGUACCAUUCUUAUUUUUUGUUAGCUGCCGCAGCUGCCAAGAAUGUCGGUUUUUAUACCUCAAAAACUCGAAACUGCAUAGAAGAUAUAUCUGAAUUAGGUGGAUUGCUCUGGGAAAAUUGCUCACCCAGAAGCAUGUUCAGUAUAGAACUAUAGAUACAUACAAUACAUACAUAUUUGUCACAAAAGAGGCUGGCACACACAGUUUUCCAAAAGAUAUAUAUAUUCCUUUUGUUUCUUAA